CCCGCAGAAGCGCUGGGGCCGCGGCGCGGCCGCCCCCGCCGUGAGCCCGGCGCCCCGGGCGGCCUCGGCAGCGGCAUGGAGGCGCGGGCGGAGAAGGGCGAGGAGGCCGAGGGCGGGCGCAUCACGGCGCAGCUGCUGAAGGCCAGCACGGGGGAGUUCGCCCUGGAGUCCAUCCUGCUGCUCAAGCUGCGGGGCCGCGGCAUCGCCGACCUGGGCUGCCUGGGCGACUGCGCCAACCUCGAGUGGCUCGACCUCUCCGGCAACGCCAUCUCCCAGCUGGGCCCGCUCGCCGCCCUCAAGUCGCUGGCCGUCCUCAACCUCUCGUCCAACCGCGUCUGCAGCCUGGAGCCGCUGGGCUCCUGCGAGAGCCUCCAGAGCCUCAACAUCGCCGGCAACCUGGUGAGCAGCCUGCAGCAGCUGCAGUGCCUGACGGGGCUGCGGCGCCUCGAGAGCCUCCGGCUCCGCGACGCCCUCGGACACCUCAGCAACCCCGUCUGCGCCGCCGGCGCCUACCGCAGCGCCCUGGGCGACAUGUUCCCCGGCCUGAAGGCCAUCGACGGCGAGCGGGUGUCCGGCCGCGGCAGCGAGCUCUACCAGCUCUGCAAGGACCUCGACAGCUCGCUGGGGCGCUGCCCGGCCGCCGCCGCGGAGCCGCCCCGCGCGCCCAAGCCCUGGGUGGAGGAAGGCUUCUGGGAGGUGCGGCCGGCCCGGCGCAGCUCCAUCAUCGAGGAAGCCUACCGGCAGUUCAGCGACGUGCUGCGGGAGUGCCGGGAGCUCGGCCAGCGGGCCGACGACACCAUCGCCCAGGCGGAGCGGGCGCUGAGCCUCCGCGCUGACCCCAGCUCCUACGUCUUCUGACCCCCGCCCCGGCGUCAACGCCGCUGCGCCCCGCAGGGAGAGACCCCCGCCGCGCACCGCCGCCAGCCCCCGCGCGCCCCGGCUCGGUCCCCAGCCGAGGGGCUCCGAGAGGAGCUGGAGCAGCUCCGAGCGUUCCCGCUGCUGUCCACUGCCCAGGCAUCCACCGGGAUGCGGGAGGACUGCAGCUCCCGGCCGGUCCCGGGGCACGUGGACCCCGCGGGGCCUGGGCUGCGCACCAGAGCUCCCGUCCCUUCGCACGGACGCGGCAGGAGCGGCGAUCCGCUUCCCCGGCGCCGUUAGGCCGGAGGAGCAGCCGUCCGACGAGGCGGCGAGGAGGGACGAGGCCGCCGACGGGGCGCGCGAGCGUCGCCGGGCCCGGCCGCCCGG